AUGAAUGGAACGUCACCCAUUAGAAGAAGACCUGCUUUAAUUCAUAAGAGUGUUAACUCUCGACAUCAUGUGCAUAAAUCUCCCAAAUUGAAAUCCCCGGAAAAACGAGCCAUUGAAGUCGAAAAAGCGAUUCAGAGGAGUCCAGUGAGGAAAGUAGGGGAGUUGAGAGAGCCAGGGGGGUGUUUACCGCAAUUGGAAGGGGGUGCGGGUGCUCAUAGUGCCCGUUUUACGUUUUACGAGGAAACACAAGAACAACGUGAAUCCAUUUUAAUAGCGCAGGAUUCUUUGGCAAGACAAACCAUUCAGGAUGAGAACGAUUUUGAGCAGAUCAAGGAGAACGUGGGAAGCGGUUUGGGCAGCGGGACGCAUCGCGACGGAAAACGCUGUUUUCCGUUAAAUGACCUCGACAUCUCAGAGUAUAGAGGAACCAUUAAGUAUUCAGAUUCUCAAGAAGAAUAUCCGCUAACACUACCGUUAAACGGCGCGAUCCGACUGCCCACAUUUGUUACGCCCCCUAGGAACCAAAGUUUACGUCAGUUUUUCGAUAUUCGUCCGGAGCGUCCCAAUAACGUUCGCAACGGUUCACGAACUACAGACGAUAUAAACGAGAAUAAAGUGAUACGAAAGCUCGCUUUCAAAAUAAUGGAGGACUAA